AUGGUAACUGUCAGUAUUGGUGAAGUAUUAGUUUCUGGUGUACAUGCUCAUGUUAAAAAAAGUCAAAGAAAGUUUCUAUGGUCAAAGAUGAAAAUCAUUAGCCAGCUACAAAAACCAUGGGUUGUUUUAGGUGAUUUUAAUGCUAUAAUUUCACCUGAAGAGAAAUUUGGUGGUAAAUCUCCAAACAAAAUUUCAAUAAUGGAUUUUAUCAUUGCCUUAAUGAAUAUAGAGUUGUUUUUAAUUCUUUAUGGUGAUUGGGGAUAUAAGGUUGGAUUGAGGAUAGUUUCAGAUCAUGCUCCAUUAUUAUGUGGUUGUGCAAGCAUACCCAGACCAAAGAAUGUUCCCUGGAAAUUUCAGAAAAUGUGGAUUGAUCCUCCAUCAUUCUUAAGUGAAGUGAAGAAAGUAUGGACUGAGAAUAUUAUUGGCGAUCCAUCUUUUAUUUUCAUGCAGAAGCUAAAAAAGCUAAAAAAGUUCUUAAGUGAGUGGAAUUGGAGUGUAUUUGGUAAUAUUAAUACAAAAAUUAAGGAAGCAGAAGAGAAAGUUCAAAAAGCAAUGGAGUUAUCUUAUCAAAAUCCCUUAAAUGAAGAUCUUUUGGCCAACUUAGUAGCAGCACAAAAUGAACAUGCAGCAAGACAAGUUCAAGAAAAUACUCUUAUGAGACUUAGAUCAAGAGCAAAAUGGAUUAAAGAUGGUUCUACAAACACUGCAUACUUCCAUGCUAGAAUUAAGAUUAGACAAGAAAGAAAUACAAUUAGUGAACUAGAAAAUGCAAAUGGAAAUAUUAUUAAUGAUCAAUCUCAAAUUGCAGAUACUUUAGUCAAGCAUUUUCAACAAAAAUUUGAAGCUCAAGAUGUUGAUGUUUCUGAAAAAUUGCUUGAUGUUAUUCCCUCAGUUAUUACAGAUGAAUACCAAGAAAUGUUGGACUCCAUUCCCACCACUGAAGAAACCAAGAAAGUUGUUUUUGAAAUGGACUCAGAUAGUGCCCCUGGUCCAGAUGGAUUUCCUGGAUCCUUUUAUAAAAGUUGCUGGGAUAUAAUUCAAUUGAAUUUAAAAGAUGCCAUACAAUUUUGUUGGAGAAGAAGAUUUAUCCCCAAAGGCCUGAAUUCAAAUUUCUUAACCCUCAUUCCUAAAUGUGCAGGUGCUAAGAAAGCAAGUCAAUAUAGACCAAUUGGAUUGAGUAAUAUAUUGUUCAAAAUUUUCUCAAAGAUAAUUUCUGUCAGAAUGAAUGGACUCAUAGAGAAGUUAAUUUCAUCACAACAGGCUGCUUAUGUUAAAGGAAGAAGCAUUCAAGAACAAAUACUUCUAGCUUCAGAGAUGGUAAAUGAAAUGAGGAAAAAGAGAAGAGGUGGUAAUGUGGCUUUUAAACUGGACAUAUCACAGGCUUAUGAUUCUAUGAUUAACAAAGCCAAAAGAAAGUGUUUCAUUGAUGGUACUAAUUCAACCAGAAAGCAACAAAUUAGCAGCAUAGUUGGCAUGGAUAUAUCUAAUUUUCCUGAUAAGUAUCUUGGUAUCAUUCUAGCUCCAGGAAGAGUAACUACUGAAAUGGUCUGGCCAACAGUUCUUAUGCUUCAGAACAAACUUGCAGCUUGGAAAGGAAGAUUAUUAUCUUUUCAUGAUAGACUGAUUCUUGUAAAAACAGUUUUGUGCAGCUACCCUCUUUACAAUAUGGAAGUUUAUAAAUGGCCAUCUUCAGUUAUUAAGAUAUGUGAAAAACUAAUAAGGAACUUUCUAUGGUCAGGUGAUGGAGAGGUUAGAAAGUACAAAACUUUAUCUUGGAAGAAGAUAUGUGUGCCAUAUAUUGAAGGUGGCUUGGGUAUUAGAAGGCUAGAAGUUCUUAAAAAAAUUUUGCUGAUGAAAAUGAUGUGGAAAUCGAUUGGAAAUGGUGCUAGCAUCUCAGUAUGGUUUGAUAACUGGUAUGGAUCAUCCCCACUAAUUAAUGAAAUUGGUUAUACUGAUUUUGUUCAUAACAAUAUGCGGUUGAAAGUUCAGGACUUAAUCAUUAAUGAUCAAUGGAAUAUACAUCCUCAGUUGCAGCACUUGUUACAUAUUGAUAACUUGCCUCAUAUUCACAAUGGAAAUGAUUCCAUAAUAUGGAACCUACAUAGUAGUGGAGUGUUUAAUAAUGCAAAGGCAGUGGAGAAAAUAAGACACAAGGAAGACAAGGUAGAUUGUUCUUCUUAUAUAUGGAGGAAAUCUUUGCACCCAAAUAUUGCCAGCAACAUUUGGAAGCUUCCACAAGGAGUUUAUGUGAAUGAUGACAUGAACAGAAAACAAGGAUAUGAAAUGCCUUCUAGAUGUUGUAUCUGCAAAUCAGAGCAGGAUUUUAUGGAGCAUACACUGUGGCUUUGUGAUUUCAGUGUUCAGGUUUGGAAUUGGCUUGGAAAUAUGUUUCAAUUUUCCAGGCCAUACUCUUUUUCAGAAGGUUUUUCUGCAGCUAAACAACACAGUCCUAUCAUUGAUGAAGUAUGGAUAAUCUCUGCUUGUACUGUCAUUAAGGAGUUGUGGUUUCAAAGAAACAUAGUUUUCUUUGAAGGAGGUGAUGUUAAUAUCCAUGGUUUCAAGAACAGGGUUAUGAAGAUUGUUCAAGAUCAUGGUGUCAGAAUAAAAGGGGUCAGGUGGAACAAUGACUAUGAAAACCAAAUUCUUAGUCACUUUAAAAUUGAUUCUUAA